GUUCCUCUUCCCGACGCGCGCGCACUAGGAGACCGAACCCCUACCCGCCGGCCGCUGGAGCAUCGCCGCCGUCACCACCGUGGGUCAUGCCGAAGCACGUGUUCUCCGUGGACAUGACCUGUGAGGGCUGCUCUAAUGCAGUCAGUCGAGUCCUCAACAAGCUGGGAGGAGUUCAGGUUGACAUCGACCUGCCCAACAAGAAGGUCUGCGUGGACUCGGAGCACAGUGUGGACACUCUGCUGGAGACCCUGAAGAAAACCGGGAAAACCGUGUCCUACCUUGGUCCCCAGUAGCACGGGCCUGGCCCCUGACCCACAGGAUGGACCAAAGAGGGCAGGUUGGCUGAUCCUCGCCCGUCCCGGCUUCCAGAAAGACCCAGCAGCCCUGCUCAGGGAUAUGCGUUCCCGUGGAGACCCUCACUCACCCGAUGCCUCCCUUGCUUCCUUGCAAUAAAGCCAAGCUGCUUUUAUUGAAA